UUAACUGAUAAAUAUGUAAAUAUCACACCCAGUGUAUACCCAAUAUCAAAAAUCUCCAUUAAUGUAUAGCACAUGUGAUAUAGAGGCGGUGUUGUCAGUGGAACUGCAUUCACGGUGUAUUAUUUAUAGUGAAGACUGAAGAAUCAGCUGUGCGCGACUCGCUUCGUGUUUGUGAGCGGCGCGCACGCCGAGGCUACGCGCGUAUAGCGAUCGUCCUCAAUACGGCAUUCAUUCUACCAUAACCGACUGGUAAACCCUUCGCUAGAACUACAAAGUACUGUGUACAAUUGGAUUUGAGAAUAGUGUUAUAGCAUGUCCACUCUGUGAUUGUAAAUUGAACCCAAAGUUAAGUGAAUAAGUGUCAAAAUGAGGAGCGAUCUGAUGGCGCCUAGCGAGCUGGAGGGGACCGACUACCUCCUCUCCUCGACCAUUAGACUUGAAGACAGCUUUCUGCAAAUACUCGACAGCGACAUGCAACUCGAAACCAGCAGUAGCGAGGCGAGUGCGACCAGCUCGACGUCCCUGUCCCAGCACUGUGCGAUCUGUGGGGACAGAGCCACGGGGAAACACUAUGGCGCGUCAUCGUGUGAUGGCUGCAAAGGAUUCUUUAGGAGGAGCGUCAGGAAGAACCAUUUGUAUACUUGCCGAUUUAGCAGAAACUGCGUAGUUGAUAAGGAUAAGAGGAACCAAUGCAGAUAUUGUAGAUUAAGGAAGUGCUUUAAGGCUGGAAUGAAAAAGGAAGCCGUACAAAAUGAGCGGGACCGGAUCAACUGCAGGAGGCCAUCGUAUGAGGAACCGACACAAGCGAAUGGACUCUCAGUGGUGUCGCUACUCAAUGCUGAACUGUUAAGCAGAAAAGUCACAGAUGAGACAAACAACACAACAGACGCAGAGAUAGGCAACCGUAACUUGGCCAAAAUCAACGACGUGUGCGACUCCAUCAAGCAGCAACUGCUCAUACUGGUCGAGUGGGCGAAGUACAUACCGGCGUUCACGGAACUGCAUCUGGAUGAUCAGGUGGCGUUAUUACGUGCGCACGCGGGUGAACACCUCCUCCUCGGUUGCGCGAGACGGUCCAUACAUUUGAAGGACGUGUUGUUACUGGGGAACAACUGUAUCAUAACUAAACAUCACAUAGACGGUAGAAUGGAUGUGGACAUCAGCAUGAUCGGCAUGCGGGUGAUGGACGAGAUCGUGAAGCCGCUCCGGGAGAUCGACAUCGAUGACACCGAGUUCGCGUGUCUCAAGGCGAUCGUCUUUUUUGACCCUAACGCGAAGGGUCUCUCGCAGCCGCAGAAGAUAAAGCAGCUGCGGUACCAGAUCCAGAUCAACCUGGAGGACUACAUCAGCGACCGGCAGUACGAGGGCCGCGGCCGCUUCGGCGAGCUGCUGCUGUGCCUGCCGCCGCUGCAGAGCAUCACCUGGCAGAUGAUCGAGCAGAUCCAGUUCGCCAAGCUGUUCGGCGUCGCGCACGUGGACAGCUUGCUGCAGGAGAUGCUGCUGGGAGGUGCGUCAACAGAGAGCGCAGUAGAAGAAGGUCAGACGGACGGCGCAGUGGAGGCCGCGUCCCCGCUGUCGCCGGCCGCGUCCCCGCCGCUCGUGCCGCAGCUGCCGCUCCCCGAGCCGCUGUUCGACCCCGCGCCCUUCAAGCAAGAACCCAACAUGUAGACCAAUAAAGCUCUAUGAUACCAACCGUCUUUGAUAUUGUACCACAGAAAAAAAAUAAACGUCAACGUCAAUGUCAACCCAGAAAAAUAUAGACGUCAAUGUCAAUGUCAAACUGUAAUCUGUCAAACUGUAAUCGCGCGCUUAUGGAACUGUUGUUUUUUUUGUAUACGUAUUAUCGUACGGCUUGUAGGUACAGGUAUUUUUAUAUGUAUGAAUUUUGAAGCCCUUUUUUAUUAGCAAAUCUCAAGUUUUGAGACGAAAAUUAUGUUAGAUAUUAAAUAUCUUCGAGUGCCUUGUCUAGAUGUAUUUAUUCUAUAUGUAUCGCCAAAGUUUAGAACGAAUUUUAUUAUAUAUUUUUUAGAGAUCUCGAUAUUUUAGAUAUGGAAAUUCUUAGGUGGAAGUAAAGGUGUCGGUUUAAAGUUAUUAUUUUUGAGAGUUGAACCACGCCUAAUAUAAAAUUUUUAUAUGUUAUGAUCUAUAUUUAUAAACAUUUUUUAUGAAAGAGUUAUAUACUACUACUAGAACGAGCCUGUAAUACUUUGUAAGAAGCGUCUAUAUCGUUUCUUCAAAAUGUCUUAUGUACAAUAUGAAUAUGAACUGGUGCUGUACAAUAUACUAUACUAUAUAUUAAAUAUAAAUCCUUUUAAUAAAUAUAUUGAGCAAAUCUAAACCUGUGUUUUAAAAUUUUUGGCUUAUCUAGGUUAUCAGAAAGACUUAUCAGAUAAAUUCGAAAUAUACGAGUAUAAAUGAAUUUUAAAGAUUUUUUGUGUUACCAAUUUUAUUUUAGGCGUGUCUAUAAUGUUAGAUCGAUCGUGAGUGCAUUGUAUUUUAGAAAAUAUUUCCUGAACGUAAGAUAGUCUUGAUUUUGUACCUACUAAUAUAGGUUAUAGUACGUAGACUGAGAUAACUUGGAGGAUAUAGUUUUAAUGUUAUAUUUUUAAAUGCUCAAUUUUAUAUUGUUGGAAAUGGUUACGUGGUAAGUUGGUGAAAGUUAGACUAUUUGAUGUGGCCUUGACUGUAGUGAGUAUCCUAGGCUUGAGCAGGAGCUAUUUUUACUGAAGCGAUGUUCCAUACAUGCGAAAACAAAAUUAAGCAUUACCUGUGUAAAUUAUUGGAUUUCCUUCGAAUAUUGGCUAUGGAUAAAUCGCCCAUGUAAAAGCUCCUAACGGUGCCCUUUUUGUUAUGUACAUACUAUGUUAUGUAAUUUAGUGUAUUUGAAAAAUUAAAUAAUCUGUUACAAAAA